GCGACCUUUACAAUUGGAGUCUUGGAUCGUCAUCAUCAAUACUGUAUGCUAUUUACGCCGAGACCGUCUUGAUCAAGUAUAUCACCGAUACGACGAGAGGAUUACUGUAGGUUCAAAAUUGGCGACAUUUACACUCCCUGUUCGCCACAUACCCUCCAAUAUCUGAGAGGAUUGGAUUGGAUUGGAUUGGCCGGCCGUGGGCGACGAUAUGAUAUGCGCAGAGUGGUCGUGACCGGGCUGGGAGCCGUCACGCCUUUAGGAGUUGGAAUCCGCCGAACGUGGCAAAGACUGCUCAACGGUGACUGCGGCAUUGUUUCGACCAGACACUUGGGCCCCGAGUUCUCUGCUCUGCCCAGUCAAGUGGCUGGUCUGGUUCCUGUCCCAGCUCCUGCUUCUCCAGAAACUUCAUCCGAUCCUGAUUCCCAUUCACACCGAUCUGGCCAAAAUGCAAAGCAAUCCGACUCCAACGGCGUGUGGAAAGCAACCGACCACGUCUCGCCUACAGAGUUAAGACAGACAGCCACAUUCGCACAAUACGGUCUCGCCGCGACAGCCGAGGCGUUGCAAGAUGCCGGUUUCGACGGGGGCAGAGGCCUCGAUCCGGAGAUGACGGGCGUCUGUUUAGGUUCGGGCAUCGGCAACCUCGAAGAACUCUACGCCACAUCAGUGGCAUAUCACGAGUCAAAAAAAAACUACCACAAAAUCCAUCCGCUGUUCGUCCCUCGUCUCCUCAUCAAUCUCGCCGCAGGCCAUAUCUCCAUGCGGUAUGGAUUCAAGGGUCCCAACCACGCCGCCACUACGGCCUGCACCACGGGCGCACACUCGCUGGGCGAUGCGUCGCGGUUCAUCCAGUCCGGCGAGGCGGACGUCAUGGUCGCCGGGGGUGCCGAGUCGUGCAUUCAUCCACUGGCCAUCGGCGGUUUCGCGCGGUCUCGUAGCCUUGCUACCAAAUUCAACGACGAGCCACAGUUGGCGUCGAGGCCGUUCGAUCGCGAUAGAGCAGGCUUUGUCAUUGGUGAAGGAGCGGCCUGUGUGGUACUGGAGGAACUCGAGCAUGCAAAGAAGCGAAAUGCCAGGAUAUACGCCGAACUGGCGGGAUACGGCAAUUCCGCCGAUGCAUACCAUCUCACGGCACCACGCGAGGACGGCGCCGGCGCACACUUGGCGAUGAAGAAAGCGCUCAAACUUGCCCAACUGCCGCCAUCCGCCGUCGACUACAUCAAUGCCCACGCCACUUCCACUCCAUUGGGGGAUGCGGCCGAAAACCAAGCCAUCAGGUCUCUGAUGCUGGGAGACCACGGCAGAACCAAAUCGUCCCAGAUCAACGUCAGCAGCACAAAAGGUGCCAUUGGCCAUUUGCUCGGAGCUGCUGGCGCCAUCGAGGCCAUCUUCGCCAUCUUAGCGAUACACGAGAAUGUCAUGCCUCCUACAAUCAAUUUCCACUCCGUCACAGACGACUUUGACUGCAACUAUGUUGCAAACACUGCACAGCAGGCAUCCGUUUGCGUGGCACUGUCCAACAGCUUUGGUUUCGGAGGCACAAAUGCAACUCUAGUCUUCAAAAAAUGCGACUGACGCAGGUUUCCGAGACUGAAGCAUUAAGCCGCUCCACGUGUUUGUCUCGGAUCAAGCACAUAUUCGCUUGGCCCGAGUCAACCUGUCGUCGACAAAGCUGGUACAAAUGUCCCACAAUAUCGGUUUUGUUCGACUAAAACCCUAGUUUCACACUUCACUUCAGCUUACAUCGAUGGACGCUUUCCUCAUUGGAGCUUUGAGCCCUGGUUGGGCCGUCGGUGCAGGUGAAGCGGACACUGACUGCGGAAAUGCUGUGUCGUUGGGUGCCGAACCAGCACCGCCAGCAGUACUUCGCACACUCUCUGCGGGCACGCUGAAAAGCCCUCCGCUGCGGUUUCCGCUUAGUGCAUUCGAGAGCAUCUCCUUCAUGCGCACAAGCUGGUACUUCCGCUUCGUAGGAACCAACGUUCGAGUCAUCAAUGGCUGAGGACGCGAGAGGCUGCGGGAGAUGGCGGUCAUAAUCGAAUCCCGUUCUUCGUCCGAGUCGACUGGGCCCGCUAGUGCGGGAUCGAGAUCCUCGUCGAGAAGGGCCGGGGCAUUCGCAUCGAUUGCCGCCUCUGUGAAUAAGAAAAGACGUAUAAGCAACGCGCCCCCUUUUUUUCCAAAGUUUUGGAUACUUACUUUGUUGCCGAGCUUGAUUUUUCUUCUGGUAGGCAGCAAGCAACAUGUCAUACGGCAGACUCCUUCCCGGCACUGCACGUUUGGCACCCAUACUAUGGCUUUUGCAUGUCAAGCUUCGGGCACAUUGGGCGCCGUUGGGCAAUGUGACACCGCACUGCUUUUCGACGUCGACGGGUCCCUUGGGUUUGGCGGCCUUCUUCUGUUCUUCUUUUUUGGUCUUCUUCUUUUUCGAGUCUCCCUCGGCCUCGGCCUCAGCUUUCCGCUUUUUACCCUUCUUGGUGGCGUCAUCGCCAUCACCGUCGACGCCGUUCUUCCGUGCGCCUUUGCCAUCUCGUACAUCGUCGUCAUCGUCAUCAUCAUCGUC